AUGAUGGCGACAAACUUCACCUCCGGCAGACGUUUGAAGUAUCAAUCAAUAAGGGGAAUGGUAGAAGAUGGCGAUCCCAUGGAGAUGAAUGAACAUCUCGACGAGAAACUAUGCUCGCCCAUCAAUACCGCCGAAGACUCUCCACAAACAUACUCUGACUUCAAGCUUCAUCCUGCUCCUACAGAGCCGAAAAAGACCGUCCUUUCUUCAAGUUUAUAUUACCUCUUGACAUGGCAUAUUGGUAACGCCAUCUCCAUCCCGGCGACGGCUUUUCUUCUUUACCUGAACCUAUCAGAGUACUCCAUUGACCCUCGUGUUGGGUUGAGCCAUGCUGUAACGUCGAAUAUCAUUGGUGCUCUGCAGCUCCUUGCCAAACUUCACGAGCUGAUGAUGAUCACCAGUCUGGUCAAUAUCACACGGCAGUGGAUACAGCGUAGCCUGCUUGAUAGUAAGGGCACCCCAUUGGGACUGGUAGGGGCCGAACUAUCGAUGAUGAAUGGCGGGUAUCUCAUAUCGGACGGGUACUUGGCAGCGGUAAAGGCGAUAUUUGGCUGUUUCGGUCAAGCGAAGGACCCGGAAAGGAAUUUGCAACGAAGAAACCAGGGGACCAUGCUAUUUUUACUUGCAUUUCUACCUGUGGCGUGUCUAUUGUGCUUAUUGGUGGGGCCCGCAAGUGCAACCUUGAUGAUUCCUCGACAGUAUUGGUUUUUUAUAGAGACGCUCGAUAUCAUGCGCUACUCACCACCUGUCAACAGCUCAAACUACCCUAUCUUCAUCGACUCACGGCUUUCGUAA